GUGAGUCCGUAAAGAGAUGUAACCACAAACGUAAGUACCUCUCAUAAAUGAGGAACAUUCUCAUGAUCUUAACACUGCAGUUGUCUGACAAUUUCCCAACACCAUUAAGAAACAUUCUCCAAUCUCACAAGAAAAGUGGGGGUUUUUAUUUUCUUUUUCAAGUUCUUUAGAGAAGCAGGGGAAGAUAAAACAGGACAGCUGAGGAGGCCACAUCUGCUGCAUGAGACUUCCUAGCUACCUGCAGUGGCCACCAUGUCUUGGGUUCUGCUUUCUGUACUCUGGCUCGUCGUUCAAACUCAAGUAACAGCCAUAAAGCAAGCACCUGAAUCAAACCUCCAUGAAGUAGUUUAUCCUAAAAAACUACACAUUUUACACAAAAGAGAGAUCAAGAACAACCAGACAGAGGAGCCUGGCAAAGAGGAAAGAUAUGAAUCUGAAGUCCAAUAUCAGUUUAUGUUAAAUGGAGAAGAAGUCAUUCUUUACCUAAAAAAAACCAAGCAUCUCCUGGGGCCGGACUACACUGAAACUUUGUACUCAACCCGAGGAGAGGAGAUCACCACAAAGCCUGAGAAUACGGAACAUUGUUACUAUGAAGGAAAUAUCCUAAACGAAAAGACUUCAGUUGCCAGCAUUAAAACCUGCGAUGGAUUGAGAGGAUACUUCACCCAUCGCGAUCAAAGAUAUAUGAUCAAACCUCUGAAAAGUACAAACCAAAAAGAACAUGCCAUCUUUACAUAUCACCAGGAAGAACUAGACCCAACUAACUACACCUGUGGUGUGAAGAAUAUUGGCAGGAAACGAGGCUUGAUUCGAGUCUCUAGGUCACUCAAAAACCCAGAGGAAGAAGACUUUCUUCAGGCACAGAAAUACAUUGAUCUCUUUUUGGUGCUGGACAAUGCCUUUUAUAAGAAUUACGAGAGGAAUCUAACCCUGAUAAGAAACUUUGUGUUUGAUGUGAUGAAUCUGCUCAAUGUGAUUUAUAAAACAAUAGAUGUUCGAGUGGCCUUGGUAGGUAUGGAAAUCUGGUCUGAUGAGGAUAAGAUCAAGGUGGAACCCAACACAGGCACAACCUUUAAAAACUUCAUGAGAUGGCAUCGUUCUAACUUGGGGAGAAAAAAGAUCCACGACCAUGCUCAGCUUCUCAGUGGGAUUGGCUUCAGCAACCGACGUGUAGGAAUGGCAGCCUCAAAUUCCCUGUGUUCUCCAUCUUCAGUUGCUGUUAUUGAGGCUACGAAAAAGAACAGUGUAUCUCUUGUAGCAGUGAUGUCACACGAGCUGGGCCAUGUCCUUGGUAUGCCUGAUGUUCCGUAUUAUACCAAGUGUCCCUCUGGUAGUUGUGUGAUGAAUCAAUAUCUAAGUUCAAAAUUCCCCAAGGAUUUCAGUACAACCUGUCGUUCACAUUUUCAAAGAUAUCUUUUAUCUCAGAAGCCAAAUUGCCUGCUGCAAGCACCUAUUCCUAAAAAUAUAAUAACAAAACCAGAGUGUGGGAACCAGCUUCUGGAAGUGGGAGAAGACUGUGAUUGUGGCUCUCCUAAGGAAUGUACCAAUCUGUGCUGUGAAGCCUUGACCUGUAAGCUGAAGCCUGGGACUGACUGUGGAGGAGAUACUUUGAACCGUACCAUACAGUGAAUCACAAAGUCUACUCUACUGAGCCGCUACCUUGCCAGGACAAGAAUCAAGAAUUCUAAUUAUGCCAGGAAUCUUGUGUAUUUGCACCUUUAUACUUAGAUGUUUGCUUUUCACUUGUCAUUCUCCUUUCUAUAUU